GGUCUCCCACGCAGGUGCAGGGUCCCAGGGCUUUGGACAGUCCUCUACUGCUUUCCCAGGCCCCAAGCAGGGAGCUGGAUGGUUGCUUUUCGCCGCUGACUGCCACUCAGUGGUCCUGGCACAACACAUUCUGUCUCCCCAGUUGUUGGGCAGUGUAGGCUGGUUUUGGUUACCGUGCAGGAUUGAUGUGUACAUCCGGUACAAGCACUCCUCUGACACCCUGCUUUUAAGGAUCUCGGGUGUACCACCUAGAAGUGACACUUAAGUUGACUCCACGUUCAACUUUCCGCUUUCCGGUCCUCUUCCGUCUCCUUUUCCGUAGCUCCCCAUUGUCUUCCAAGAAGUCCCGUCUGACUCAUUCGCAUUCCAGGUCUGGCCCCUGAAGGCACCUGGAUACGCCGCCCCUACAAGGCUCGCGCGCGGCCAAACCACUGAGCGCACACAAGGCAGAGCUCUCACGUGCAGCAGGACUGAGAAUGCUGACCCCACAGGGGGCGGCGAGGACCUGGCGCACGACGGACCCACCGCUCGCGCCUCUCCGGAGGCAGGCAAGCGAGUGCCGCCGCGCGCGCGUCCCCCACCUCGCCAAUCCGGCUCCGGCGCCCGCCCGCCCGCCCGCCCGCGUUUCCUCGGCGCCUGUCGCUCGCCGCUCGGGCUACGCUCUCAGUGCCAGCCAGAGCCGGCGCCCCGGAGGAGGGUUCGAGUCCGCACCGGGGAACUGCAGCGCGCCGGGGUGCGGAGCGGUGUCCGGUGAGCGCCUCGCCAGCAUGAAGCAGCUGCAUGUGCCCCGUUGAAACUUCAUGGCCACAGCCCCAGGCCCUGCUGGCAUUGCCAUGGGCAGCGUGGGCAGCCUGCUGGAGCGGCAGGACUUCUCCCCCGAGGAGCUACGAGCAGCGCUGGCGGGGUCACGGGGCUCCCGCCAGCCUGAUGGGCUCCUCCGGAAGGGCUUGGGGCAGCGUGAACUCUUCAGCUACCUGCACCUCCCCAAGAAGGAUGGCAAGACCACCAAGCGAGCCCCUCGGAAUGAUCCUACCGACUACGCCACCCUCUACUACCGGGAGCACCCUCGGGCUGGCGACUUCAGCAAGACCUCACUGCCCGAGCGGGGGCGCUUUGACAAGUGUCGCAUCCGCCCAUCAGUGUUCAAGCCUGCUUCAGGCACCGGAAAAGGCUUCCUGUCCAUGCAGAGCCUGGCAGCCCACAAGGGCCAAAAGCUGUGGCGUAGCAACGGCAGCCUGCACACGCUGGCCUGCCACCCGCCCCUGAGUCCAGGGCCCCGGGCCAGCCAGGCCCGAGCGCAGCUGCUGCACGCCCUCAGCCUGGACGAGGCGGGCCCUGAACCCGAGCCCAGUCUGUCUGACUCCUCCAGCGGGGGCAGUUUUGGCCGCAGUCCUGGCACUGGUCCCAACACCUUCAGCUCCUCGCUGGGCCAUCUUAACCAUAUUGGGGGUUCCCUGGACCGGGCAUCGAGGAGCCCCAAGGAGGCUGGGCCACUGUCCAUGCUGAGCUGCCUACCUGACCCACCACCCCCCUAUGAGUUCUCCUGCUCAAGCGCUGAUGAGGUGGUGGCUGUGCUGCCUGACACGUGUGAGCAGCUGAAGAGGGACCUCGGUGAGCAGGACAGCUCCAACCCCUUCACUCAGGUGAUGGAGGAGCGUCAGCGGCUGUGGUUGUCUGAGCUGAAGCGCUUGUACGUGGAGCGGCUGCAUGAGGUGGUUCAGAAGGCAGAGCGCAGUGAGCGCAACCUCCAGCUACAGCUGUUCAUGGCCCAGCAGGAGCAGCGGCGCCUGCGCAAGGAGCUGCAGGCUCAGCAGGGCCUCGGCCCGGAGCCUCGAACUGCCAGCACACACGUGGAGGCAGACCCCGGUGUCCGGCCGGAGGAGGAAGCCCGUUGGGAGGUGUGCCAGAAGACAGCCGAGAUCAGCCUCUUGAAGCAGCAGCUGCGGGAGGCGCAAGCGGAGCUGGCACAGAAGCUGGCGGAGAUCUUCAACCUGAAGACGCAGCUUCGGGGCAGUCGGGCCCAGGCGCAGGCUCAGGACGCAGAGCUGGCGCGGCUGCGUGAGGCGGUGCGCAGCCUGCAGGAGCAAGCCCCGCGGGAGGAGGCCCCGGGCGGCUGUGAGACCGAUGACUGCAAGAGCAGAGGGCUGCUGGGGGACGCUGGGGGCGGUGAGGCUGCCGAGGGGGCUGAGCAGCUGCGGGCUGAACUGCUGCAGGAGCGCCUGCGGGGCCAGGAGCAGGCACUGCGCUUCGAGCAGGAGCGGCGGACUUGGCAGGAGGAGAAGGAGCGGGUGCUGCGCUACCAGAGGGAGAUUCAGGGAGGCUAUCUGGACAUGUACCGCCGCAACCAAGCCCUGGAACAGGAGCUGCGGGCGCUGCGGGAGCCCCCUGCGCCCUGGAGUCCUCGGCUGGAGUCCUCCAAGAUCUGAGGCCAGCAGAGUGGGUUGACAGCAACAGGGGGACCAUCAGAAGGCGCCCGAGGCAGCUGGCUCCUCCCUUGCACUUGGUCAGGGGCAGAAGUUGCAGAGAGAGACCCCACUA